AUGGGGGAAGAAAACAAUGUGACUGAAUUCAUUCUUCUUGGACUGACUCAAGACCCAGAAAAACAGAAAAUUGUAUUUUUCAUUUUCUUGGUAUUCUACACUGCCACUGUAUUGGGAAACCUACUCAUUGUUGUGACAAUCAAGACCAGUUCAACACUUGGGUCCCCGAUGUACUUCUUCCUAUCUUACUUAUCGAUUGCAGAUUCUUGCUUCUCUACCACCACAGCUCCCAAACUGAUUUUGGACAACCUCUCUCAUAAGAACACUAUUUCUUUUGAUGAGUGCAUGACCCAAAUAUUUGCUAUGCAUUUCUUUGGCUGCAUGGAAAUACUGGUCCUCGUUUUGAUGGCCUACGACCGUUAUGUGGCCAUCUGUAAGCCUUUGCACUAUUCAGUCAUCAUGAACCGAAGGGUGUGUGGGAUCCUCAUUCUGCUGGCCUGGGUAGGGUCAUUUCUUCAUUCAAUCGCCCAGAUAAUCCUUAUCUUUAAUGUACCUUUCUGUGGUCCAAAUGUGAUUGACCACUAUUUCUGUGAUAUGCAACCUUUGUUGAGGCUGGGUUGUAUGGACACAUAUGUCCUAAACCUCUUGGUAGUUACUAAUAGUGGGGCCAUAUGUUUAGCCAGCUUUGUUUUGCUAAUGAUAUCCUAUACAAUUAUACUACGCUCCCUUAAAAAUCAUAGUGCAGAGGGGAAGCGGAAAGCCCUCUCCACCUGCAGCUCCCACAUCAUUGUUGUCAUCAUAUUCUUUGGCCCCUGCAUAUUUAUCUACACCCGGCCCCAAACUUCUUUCCCACUGGAUAAGUUGGUGUCUGUAUUUUAUACCAUUAUAACACCUUUUCUCAAUCCCUUGAUCUACACUCUAAGGAAUGCUGAAGUAAAAAAUGCCAUGAGGAAGUUGUGGAGUAAAAAAGUGCCUUCACAUCACAAAUAA